GAGCUGUAUAGUGAGACUCUGUAUCAAAUACAUUAAAAUUUUUUUUAAAAUUUUAAGACUUGGUCAGGAAGCACUGAGUUCCCACAUACCUUCCACACUACCCUCCCGCCCUGCAUAGCCCGACCUGGCCAUCCCCUGACUGCCAAUCCCUGCCCCAGCAGCCCACCCUUGCGUGGUGCCUCCUGUGGGUGGGACAGCUGUGUGACAGUGUGUAUCCUGCUGUGGCAGCAUCCACACUCCCACUGCGCCAACAAUCCUGGGUGGCUCCUGACCCUCCCUGUAGCCCCUCACAGCUGCGGCGGGCUUCCCCAGAACCUCACACCCCUGGAUGCAGUGCAGUGUAGCGUUGGCAGGAACCAGUGACCUUUGAGGAUGUGGCCGUGACCUUCAGCCCAGAGCAGUGGGCCAGCCUGGAGUCUGGGCAGAGGAGCCUGUACCGGAGGGUGAUGCUGGACAACUACGCCCUCGUGGCUGCCCUGGCAGCUUCUCCAGCCUGCAAACCUGCUCUCAUCGCCCGCCUGGAACGUGGCGAAGCUCUGUGGAACAGCGAGGCCCUGGGGAGUGGCCUGCCUGGGGCCGGGAACUGGGUCAUGAAAGAGGAGCUGGAUCUGGAGCCUGAGGCUGAUGCUGAGAUGCCAGGGGCGCAGCCCGGAAGUGCCACCCGGAGCGUGAGUUCUGCAGGCCAGGCUGCUGGUGCGAACCCGAACCUGAUCCUGCGUGGUGGGAUGAAGUUCUACAGGUGCCGAGACUGUGGGAAGAUCUUCCGGUACAACUCCAAGCUGCUGCGCCACCAGAUGAGCCACAGCGGAGAGAAGCCCUUCCCAUGCGGUGAGUGCGGCAAGGCCUUCAAGUCCCGCUACGACUGUGGUGUGCACGAGAAGAACCACGCGGGCCAGGGCCCCUAUGAGUGUGCAGAGUGCGGCCGGGGGCUGAGCUCCAGCACAGCCCUCACCCAGCACCGGAGGAUCCACACGGGCGAGAGGCCUUACGCGUGCCCACAGUGUGGCCGGGCCUUUCGCAGGAGCGCGGCCUUCCUGCAGCACCGUCGGCUGCACACAGGCGAGCAGCUCUACCACUGCCGUGAGUGCCGUAAGGCUUUUGGCUGCCGCUCGCUGUUCAUGGCACACCAGCGGGUGCACACGGGCGAGAGGCCCUUCCGUUGUCCUCAGUGUGGCAAGGCCUUUGCACAGAAGGUGGCUGCCGCGCAGCACCAGAGGGUGCAUACCGGGGAACGGCCCUACGCGUGUGAGGUUUGUGGCAAGGCCUUCCGCUGGCACGGCAGUUUGCUGCAGCACCGGAGGCUGCACUCUACAGACAGGCCCAGCGGGGUGCACAGGCGGAGCUCCCAGGGCCCUGCCCCACCCCUGGUCCCUGUCCUUGUUCCCCAGGGGUCACAGCCCGCACUGGCCAUGGCCCCGUCCUCUCUGGCCUUUGCACACAGCCUGCUCAUCCCUGCCUCAGGGCCUGUGCUGCUGCUGCUGCCUGCCUCUGGGAGCCCGGAAUCCCCCAGAGCCCUCUUGCCACCUGUCCAGAUCAUGCAUGUCAUCCAUGGCCUUGGUGUCCCUGCCAAGGGGGCCCCGCCCCUCCUGCCUCCCUGCACUCCCACCAGGCCAAGUGCAGAGCCUCCCCAGCCUGGUGGAGUCUGAUCUGGUUUCCGGUCUCUUUACAUGUGUUUUCCACUGUUUCUGCUUAUGCUGCAUUGUAAUUUAUAUA